AUGAACCAAUCCACCUCCAUCGCUCUCUCCAACCUCGUCCCCCGACAUUCUGGCGCCCUUCCCCCCGAGCUCCUCGACCUAACCAGUUCCCUUAUUGCCCAAUCGCGCGUGAAAUGUUCGUUGAACCAAGAACAGGAAAUUGGCAGGACUUAUGCUUGUGCCAAUCUUGCUUGUGAACGUCUCAAAACAAUAUUGAAUCUUCCCAAAAUCGAACCUCGACCUCCAGUUCCCCCGAGAGUUUAUAGGAAAUUAUAUGCAUAUAUUGAGGAUUCGCUGGCUACUGUGACGCCAAGGAAACGGUCGAGAAUUGAGGAUAAUGGAGAUGGAAAUGGGAAUGGGAAUGGACAUGCGACGCCGAGUAGAAAAUCCUCAUUAGCACAAACCCCCAAGAGAAACACACCAGGCCGAAACGACACCCCCAUAAAAACCAUUCUUCCUCUUCCACAGCGCAGCACGCCCUCUAAAACCAAAAGCCUUGCGAGUUUCCGCACCCCCAAAAAAGGAUUGAGGUACGAGAAAAGAGAUGAGAGGAAAAUACCGCGUUGGAUAGGUGUGGUAGGCAGAGAAUUGUGCGGAAAACUUGGCAUGAAGGAGGCGACGCCGCAUGUGUUGGCGGGGGUAGAGAGUUUGAUUUUUUGGGAGGGAGAGGAGGAGAGGAGGGGUGAGGAAUGGGAGGCGCUUAGUGAUGAGGAUUUUAAGGGAAAUAGAGUGAGGGCGCUGGGGGUGUUGAAGGAGGCGAGGAGGGAUGAGGAAGUAGAGAGGAAGGUUGGAGAUGGGGGAUGGGAGGGCUGGGAUUUACCCGAGGAUGAGGAUGAGGAUACGGACCAAGAAAAUGAGGAUGAUGGGGAGGGGAAGAGGAGUAAUGAGGACGAUGUUAAUAAUUGGGUUGCGGAGAUAGUUGGGAAGGGGUGUUUAGAGAUGGAAUGGUAUCAAAAUAUCAUCGGAGCAGACGAUUCAGUCGAUGAAGACGAUGAAGACGAAGAUCAAGAAAGAGAAGAGGCAUUAGAUGAGGGAGAAAGGGCUCUAGUUCGAGAGCACGAAAUGAGAUACGGACUCGGCACAAUGCGACAGAAGAAAGUGGAUUAUCUAUCAGAGGAGAAGAAAGCUGCAUACAAGAAAGAAGCAGCGAGGAAUGGAGAUGUGGUGAUAGAUGUAUAG